AAUUAUUUUUGUUUAAAACUAAUAGGUGAGAUAACUGAUCAGAAGAUGGCGUUUUUGUUAGGAACAGAGAUUUCAAUAAGUGAUUUAGAAGAGGGUGACUUGAUAGAAUUUUACCGGACGAUUUAUUGUCAUUGGGCCGUAUAUAUUGGUGAUGGAAAUGUCAUUCAUUUGUUAUCGAAUGCUGAUGAUAUUACGGGAAAAAGUAAUAACAAAGCCAACAUAGGUGGUGAAGGGUAUGUCCGAAUAGACGAUAUAAGAACUGUCGCAGGAGAUUCAAAGACUUAUCGACACAAUGACCUUGACAAACAACUUAAGCAUUUAGAUAAAACAGAUAUCGUUAUGCGAGCAAGGAUGAAAGUUGGCAGCCAUAGAUAUAAUUUAUUGUCCUACAACUGCGAGCACUUUGCUACUGAGUGUAGAUAUGGAGAGGCUAGGAGCCUUCAGGUCGAAUGGUUAUUGUACAGGUUUGCACGACCUGUCUAUCGAGAAAUGCAACAAAACGGUUUGCUUGGAAUUCUUACAUCACCCGCAAUACCAGUGUGGCAGAUAUAUUAUACGAUGUUCGACAACAGCUGCAAUCGUGCUUUGGUGAAGUUAAACUAGAACAACCAGAAAAAAUCACUCUUAUUUUACAAGUGAUAUAAUGACAUUCAUUUUCUAUUAUGUAUUGUAACCCUAUGGUUUGCACAAUAUUGUUAAAUUAUUCAAAAAAGAACAUAGCUAACAGGAAAUUAAAGUAGUUUUAACUUAUGUUUAUCUUAAAAAUGGUAUAAUGUUUUAUAAAAUAUAUCUCGAUAUUACACUGUUCCAAUCUAUUAUGGUCCUAUACAUUGCAUUAGUACGCCAAACUAUGUAUAAUUAUACCUUGCCAUCGUUAUCCUUAACGUCUUAUGACGUUGUCGUCAUUUCUUGUAAACAAGUUUACCUGAUGAAGACAUUUAAUUCGAAUCCUUGUGGGUUUUUUUUUUAGUUACAAAACAAAACAUUUAAUAGAUUUCAUUAUACAAACUUACACUUCUAAUCUAUCUGCCAUUUGAUAUAAAUUUUUGUAGAAUCACACUGAUCAAAUUUUAGCAUGUCCGUUGAUAAAAAAUCGUUCUGGUUCCAUAUUC